AUAAUCUGUUUAGGAUAUGACACAAAAAGUCUUUUUCGUAGGUUACUGUUUGAGACGUAACCUAUUUGCCGGAUUGUGAUUAAAAUAAUAAAAUGGGCUUCGUGAAAGUGGUGAAGAACAAGCAGUACUUUAAACGCUACCAAGUUAAGUUCAAGAGGCGUCGUGAAGGAAAAACUGACUAUUAUGCACGUAAACGCCUUGUCGUGCAGGAUAAGAAUAAAUACAAUACGCCUAAGUAUCGUCUGAUCGUCCGUCUUUCGAACAAAGAUGUGACAUGUCAAGUUGCCUAUUCUAGAAUUGAAGGGGACCACAUUGUUUGUGCGGCCUACUCACACGAAUUACCGAAGUAUGGUAUUAAAGUUGGCCUUACCAACUAUGCGGCUGCUUACUGCACUGGUCUUUUGUUAGCCAGACGCCUGCUUCAAAGGCUGGGUCUUGACUCAUUGUAUGCUGGAGCCACAGAAGUUACUGGUGAUGAAUACAAUGUAGAACCUGUAGACAAUGGACCUGGUGCAUUCAGAUGUUACUUAGAUGUUGGUCUUGCACGUACAACCACUGGUGCCCGUGUGUUUGGAGCUAUGAAGGGUGCAGUAGACGGUGGGCUUAAUGUUCCUCAUUCCAUCAAGAGAUUCCCUGGUUAUGAUGCAGAAGCUAAGAAAUUCAAUGCUGAAGUACAUAGGUCUCACAUCUUUGGUCUUCAUGUAGCAGAAUACAUGCGAAAUCUUGAACAAGAAGAUGAAGAUUCCUACAAGAGACAGUUUGGCAAAUACAUUAAACUUGGUGUUGCUGCUGAUGCUAUCGAAUCCUUGUACAAGAGCGCCCAUGCAGCAAUCCGUGCUGAUCCAUCUCAUAAGAAGAAGGAAGCAAAGAAAGAUCCUGCUAAACAAAAGCGUUGGAAUAAACGUAAGCUUACCUUAGCUGAGAGAAAGAACAGAAUCAAACAGAAGAAAGAGUCUUUCAUCAAGCGGUUGCAAGCGGAAGCUUAAAGGCUCUCAAAAAUAAAAGCCAUUAUAAAUAUAA